CCUCCGUCUCCUGCAGGCUGAAGAGGCCGAGUGCCCUCAGCCACUCCUGGUGUGGCCCCUGCAGACCCCAGCCCUUUCCAUCCAGACACAUUCGGGAAUGUUUUCCAGCCCGGCUGCUCAGGAACAGUGCACUGCUGUGAGAGAAGGGUUUGUGAUCCAGCUGGCACUUGUCCAUCCUGUCCCUGGGUUACAGGGCACCCAUCUCAGUUUAAAACAUCCUGGGGAAUAACAUGAGUCUCCAGCAGGAAGCAAGGAUUGCAUUUUCAGGGCUGCUCUUACAUCUCUGCCAUAGAUUAACGCUCGUUGCCACUAGAUGUUUUCAGUCCCAAGGCAGUCCUUGAGCUGCGGGACCCCAGAGCGAUUGGCACAGGCACCAGUUGUGCAAUUCUCUUUCUGAGGGCGCUGAAGUACAAUGAGGCAAAGUAGUGGGUCGGAGUUCUGAGCUGGUUUAUCAGGCACCACUGACAUGGCUAACGCAACAAACUCCUCUGACUAUUUCUGGUCUUAUGAAUACUACUGGGAUUACAUAGAUCCAAUUCCAGUAGAUGGAAGCAAGUUGAAGGUUAAUAAAUACUCCAUCGUCAUCGCCUUCUGGGUGGGCCUCGCUGCCUUCGUGACCUUUCUUUUCCUUGUUCUGCUGUGUAUGUCCUGCUCUGGAUCCACGCCAGCAAAGAAUUCAGCACAGGCUUGGGUGAGCAGCAGUCUCUGCCAGUUAGUGGAAUUCCUCUGCAAUUUACGGUUCUAAUUCGUUACUUUUCUCACCUAUCAGUACUUGGGUGUGUCUACCAGCAGACCCACAGUUUGUUUGUAAAGACACCUCCUUCUCAUUCCUUCCAGCACGACCACGAACGGGAGCGCGGGGUCGAGCAGGAGCUCAUUAGGCUGUGACUGCAGGCGCGCUAAUUAAUGGCCAUGAGAGCACCCAGGGCAGAUCCUGGUGCAAGGACGGAGCUUGCCAGCGGAAUGUGUUGGAAUCCCUCUGCGAUCCCAGCCGUUUGAAGUUUGGGAAUGCUGCGGGACAUGCUCAAGGCGUCAGUAAUGUUUUUUCAAAGAAACCCACCACGGAGUGGUGGAAGAAAACAAUAAACAAUAUUGCCUAUUUACUGUCAGUGUCUUUGCCUUUUGUGACGUUGGCCGGCUCCACGGGGGUAAAUUAACUUCAGGAGGAGCUUCUGCUGCUGUUCUUGCUCGUGUGUUGGAAUACAGCAGGGUCCUUGUCACUUUACACAUCAGGAAAUACAAAUUCAGCAGAAUUUCAGUUCGGCUGAGCUCGGCUGCGCCUGUACAGGUUCGGCUGAGCUCGCUCGGUUCGUGUGAACUGGGAUCGGUAAGAUUGGAUGCGCCUCGGUUCGCCAUACUUCGGCUAGAUUCGGCAAAGUCGCUUCGGCUCGGCGAAACUCGGAGCCGCUCGCUCCGUUCCCCUCAGCUCGGCUCGGCUCGGCUCCCUGAGGGCGGCGCGGGCCGGGCCGAGGCGCUGUCGGGAAAGCGGCGCCGGUUCACGUUAAACACGCAGAGCUCGGUGCUGCCCGGCUGCCGUGUCCCGCGGGCGGCCCGGGGUGGGCAGGAGCUCAUUAGGCAGUGACUGCACU